AUGAGCGCGCAGACAGCAGCUCAAGUCAUCACCAAGAAGCCCCGAGCCAUCCGCAAGAACUGCAUCAGAAUCGACCCUGCCCGCCUCCAAGCCCUCUUCUGCUACAAGGAAAGCGAGGCCGCCAAGAUCCUCGGCAUCUCUCUCACCGCCAUGAAGAGCGUCUGCAGACGGGCGGGGAUCACCAGGUGGCCGUACUCGAGGACUCGCGCGGGGGCGGGGGACAGUGCAUCAGCGUCGGGAUCAUCUCCUUCGCCGUCGCCGUCAUCGGCUGGGAUGUCGAUGGGGCCGGAGGAAGGGUCGAGCAGUGUCGAGACUAGUGUAUGCGGGAGCCCGGAGGCGGACAUGGGGGGAGGGGAGGGCUGGGGGUGGGAGGAGGACGAGAGUCCGCUGGAGGCGGGAUGGAUCGAGUGGUACAUUCAAUCAAAAGACGAUUUGGAAGACUUGACUGUCUUCUAA